AUGGCUAGAGCAUUGUGCACGCUGCAUGCUCUCUGGCUUCUGGAGUGGGCACCACUGUUCUUGGGACCUGGUGCCGCCCCUGCAGCUUGGGCCUUAAACCUGGACACGGUGCGGCACACCUUCUACACGGGUCCCAAUGGCAGUCACUUUGGAUUUUCAGUGGACUUUCACAAGGACAGCCAUGGCAGUGUUUCCAUCGUGGUGGGCGCCCCUCGGGCCCUGAGUCCGAACCAAGAGGAGACUGGUGGGGUGUAUCUGUGCCCUUGGAAGGCCUCUGGUGGCCAGUGCACCUCGCUGCUCUUCGACCUCAGCGAUGAGACCCGAGACACAGGCUCCCAAAUUUUCCAGACCUUCAAGGCCGGACAAGGACUUGGAGCAUCGGUCACCAGCUGGAAUGACGUCGUUGUGGCCUGCGCCCCCUGGCAGCACUGGAACGUUCUAGAAAAGACCGCGGAGGCCGAGAAGACGCCCGUAGGAGGCUGUUUCCUGGCUCAGCUCCAAAGCGGCGGCCGCGCCGAGUACUCGCCCUGCCGCAGCAACACCAUGAGCGCGGUCUACGUAGAACGCUACUUUAGCAAAGACAGGAGAUACUGUGAAGCGGGCUUCAGCUCGGUGGUCACCCAGGCUGGGGAACUGGUGCUUGGGGCCCCCGGCGGCUACUUUUUCUUAGGUCUCCUGGUCCGGGCUCCAAUCGCCAACAUCAUCUCUAAUUACCGCCCGAGUACCCUUUUAUGGCAUGUUUCCGACCAGCGCUUCACCUACGACUCCAGCAACCAAGAAUUCUUCGAUGGCUACCGCGGAUACUCGGUGGCCGUGGGCGAGUUCGAUGGGGAUCUGAGCACUACAGAAUAUGUCUUCGGUGCCCCCACUUGGAGAUGGACAUUGGGAGCGGUGGAAAUAUUGGACGCCUACUACCAAACGCUGCACCGGCUACACGGAGAGCAGAUGGCUUCAUAUUUCGGGCACUCAGUGGCGGUCACUGACGUCAACGGGGACGGGAGGCACGACCUACUGGUGGGCGCUCCAUUAUACAUGGAGAGCCGGGCAGACCGCAAGCUGGCCGAGGUGGGGCGUGUGUACUUGUUCCUGCAGCCUCGAGGUCCCCAUGCACUGGGCGCCCCUAGUCUCCUGCUGACUGGCACACAGAUGUAUGGGCGAUUUGGCUCCACCAUCGCACCCCUGGGCGAUCUCAACCGGGAUGGUUAUAAUGAUGUUGCCGUGGCUGCCCCGUAUGGGGGUCCUAGUGGUCGGGGCCAAGUGCUGGUGUUCCUGGGGCAAAGUGAGGGGCUGAACCCGCGCCCCUCUCAGGUCCUGGACAGCCCCUUCUCCACCGGCUCUGCUUUUGGCUUCUCCCUAAGAGGUGCCGUCGACAUUGAUGACAACGGAUACCCAGACCUGCUGGUGGGAGCCUAUGGGGCUAGCAAGGUGGCUGUGUACAGAGCUCAGCCCGUGGUGAUGGCCACUGUCCAGCUGCAGGUGCAAGACUUCCUGAAUCCAGCUGUGAAGGAGUGUGUCCUGCAGCAGACGCAGACGCGAGUGAGCUGCUUUCACAUCCAGAUGUGUGUGGGAGCCACAGGGCACAACAUUCCUCAGAAGCUGCAUCUAAAUGCUGAGCUGCAGCUGGACCGGCAGAAGUCCCGCCAGGGCCGGCGGGUUCUCCUGCUGGCCUCUCAACAGGCCAGCCUCACCAUGAACCUAGACCUAAGCGGAAGACACAGUCCCAUUUGUCACAACACCUCCGCCUUCCUUCGAGACGAGGCUGACUUCCGGGAUAAACUGAGCCCCAUUGUGCUCAGCCUCAAUGUGUCACUGCCCCCCGAAGAGACAGGAGCAGCCCCUGCAGUUGUGCUUCAUGGAGAGACCCAUGUUCAAGAGCAGACCCGGAUCAUCCUGGACUGUGGAGAAGACGACGCAUGUGUGCCACAGCUUCAUGUCACUGCCGCCGUGAAGGGCUCCCCACUUCUCAUUGGGGCUGACAAUGUGCUGGAGCUGCAGAUGAACGCCGUUAAUGAGGGCGAGGGGGCCUAUGAGGCAGAGCUGGCCGUGCAGCUGCCCCCAGGUGCCCACUACAUGCGGGCUCUCAGCAACAUCGAGGGCUUUGAGAGGCUCAUCUGCAAUCAGAAGAAGGAAAAUGAGACCAGAGUGGCGCUGUGUGAGCUGGGCAACCCCAUGAAGAAGAAUGCCCGGAUAGGAAUCACAAUGUUGGUGAGUGUGGAGAAGCUGGAAGAGGCCAGGGAGAAUGUGUCCUUUCAGCUGCAGGUCAGGAGCAAGAACAGCCAAAACGCAAACAGCGAGGUCGUACUGCUGCACGUGCCUGUCCGAGCAGAGGCCAGAGUGGAGCUCCGAGGGAACUCCUUUCCAGCCUCCCUGGUGGUGUCAGCAGAAGAAGGUGACAGGGAGCAGAUGGGCUUGGACAGCUGGGUCCCCAGAGUGGAGCACACUUAUGAGCUCCACAACGAUGGCCCUAGCACUGUGAGUGGCCUCCACCUCAGCAUCCACCUCCCCGGCCAGUCACAGCCCUCUGACAUGCUCUAUAUCCUGGAUGUGCAGCCCCAAGGGGGGCUCCAGUGCUCCCCACAGCCAUCCCCCAACCCUCUCAAGCUGGACUGGAGGCUGCCCACUCCCAGCCCUUCCCCCUCUCGCAUCGCCCAUCACAAGCGCGAGCGCAGACAGGCAUUCCUGCCAGGGUCUGAGCGGCAGGAUCCAGUUCUGGUGAGCUGCGACUCCUCGGCGCCCUGUACGGUGGUGGAGUGCGAACUGCGGGAGAUGGUGCGCGGACAACGGGCCAUGGUCACCGUGCUGGCCCUGCUGCAGCUGUCCAGCUUCCUCCAGAGGCCCGAGGAGCAGUCGGUGCUGCAGUCGCACGCUUGGUUCAACGUCUCCUCCUUUCCCUACGCGGUGCCCGCGCUCAGUCUGCCCCGCGGGCACGCUCAGGUGCAGACCCAGCUGCUGCGGGCCUUGGAGGAGAGGACCAUCCCGUUCUGGCUGGUGCUGGUGGGUGUGCUCGGGGGCCUGCUGCUGCUGACCUUCGUGGUGCUGGCCAUGUGGAAGGUUGGCUUCUUCAAGCGGAAUCGGCCGCCUCUGGAGGAAGAUGAUGAUGAGGAGUGAGGACAUCAGUGCCUGGUCCUGGUGCAAAGCCUGGAGUGGAUCCUGCUUCACAAGCCCUUCACCUCCAGCCAGUUGCUCCUAUUCAGACCUCCCCAGGGUGGAACCAUUCCACUGGGGGCCUUCCCUCCCAACAGAGUGGACACACUCCCCUUUCCUGUUGCCUAAUAAAGAGGCUGACCUCAA